AUGGCGUCUAAUGCUGCGGUGCCCUUCUGGAGAGCUGCCGGGAUGACCUACAUAACCUACUCCAACCUCUGCGCCAAUUUGGUGAGGCAGUGUUUGAAGGAGCCCUACAAGUCAGAAGCCCUGGCCCGUGAGAAGGUCCAUUACGCCAUCUCUGAGUGGGCCGAUGGCCGACCGUUAAAGCCAACCAUCAUCUCGGACACUCCUGAAAAACCCUAG